GCGCAAAGCAGCGAGCUGGCAGUUCCAGGCUAGCAAAUAAUUCCAACGGACGCAGAGCAUUCUGGGAGGCCCUCGGCUCCAGCUCCCCGGUCAAGAUGUCUGACAUGGAAGACGACUUUAUGUGCGAUGAUGAGGAAGAUUAUGAUCUGGAAUAUUCAGAAGACAGCAACUCUGAGCCAAAUGUUGAUCUGGAAAAUCAGUACUAUAACUCCAAGGCUUUGAAGGAAGAUGAUCCAAAGGCGGCACUCUGCAGUUUCCAGAAGGUUUUGGAACUUGAAGGAGAAAAGGGAGAAUGGGGAUUCAAAGCACUAAAACAGAUGAUCAAAAUAAACUUCAAGCUGACUAACUAUCCUGAAAUGAUGAACAGAUAUAAGCAGCUGUUGACUUAUAUCCGUAGUGCUGUCACAAGAAAUUACUCUGAAAAAUCAAUAAACUCUAUCCUGGACUAUAUCUCCACAUCCAAACAGAUGGAUCUCUUGCAAGAAUUUUAUGAAACGACUCUUGAAGCUCUGAAAGAUGCCAAGAAUGACCGUUUGUGGUUCAAAACAAACACAAAGCUUGGUAAAUUAUACCUGGAACGAGAAGAGUUUGGGAAAUUACAGAAAAUUCUACGUCAGCUUCAUCAAUCAUGUCAGACUGAUGAUGGAGAGGAUGACCUGAAGAAAGGCACACAACUACUGGAAAUCUAUGCAUUAGAGAUUCAAAUGUACACAGCUCAGAAAAAUAACAAAAAGCUCAAAGCAUUGUAUGAACAGUCAUUACACAUCAAAUCUGCAAUCCCUCACCCUCUUAUCAUGGGAGUCAUUCGAGAAUGUGGAGGAAAAAUGCACUUGAGAGAAGGAGAGUUUGAAAAGGCGCACACAGAUUUCUUUGAAGCCUUUAAAAACUAUGACGAAUCUGGGAGUCCAAGGAGAACAACGUGUCUGAAGUAUCUGGUCCUGGCAAACAUGCUUAUGAAGUCCGGAAUAAAUCCUUUUGACUCUCAGGAGGCUAAACCCUACAAAAACGAUCCAGAAAUUUUAGCUAUGACAAAUUUAGUAAGUGCCUAUCAGAAUAAUGACAUCACUGAGUUUGAGAAAAUUCUGAAAACAAAUCACAGCAACAUAAUGGAUGAUCCCUUUAUAAGGGAACACAUUGAAGAACUUUUGCGGAAUAUCAGAACACAAGUCCUUAUUAAACUAAUUAAGCCUUAUACGAGAAUACAUAUUCCUUUCAUUUCAAAGGAACUAAACAUAGACGUGGCUGAUGUUGAGAGUUUGCUGGUGCAGUGCAUACUGGAUAACACUAUUCAUGGCCGGAUCGAUCAAGUGAACCAGCUCCUUGAACUGGACCAUCAGAAGAGAGGAGGCGCACGAUACACUGCAUUAGAUAAAUGGACCAACCAGCUCAAUUCUCUCAACCAGGCUGUAGUCAGCAAGCUUGCUUAACAAGGACCGAGCUUUUACAAAUUAGAAACUAAAGUACUUAAGGCAGCAGUGCAGUGAUGUAACCCUUAACGUGAACUGGAAAUGGCAAAACUACUGCUCGCUAGUGUGCUCUGAAAAAAAAAUAUAUAUAUAUUGGAGCGCUUGGCAGAACCGCUUUGUGAUCAGCCGGUUUGUGUUUCUCUGCUGCGUUUAUCCCGAGAAAAAAAAAAAUCAAAACAGCUUUAACCUCCGGAAGAUAACCAAAAUAUAAUGGGAAAUGCUGUGUUGUCAUCCUUCCCUAAACAUGCGGCAUCCUAGUAAAUUUUGCCAACGGCAAACCGUGGCCAUGAGAGGGAGAUUUUGUCAUGAUUUUAAAUAUAUACACUGACAUGUUACUGUUGGUUCAAUUUCAACCUAUUUUACCUGCAGAAAAUGUCUCCUGAAAUAUCCUGCAAUAACUUGAAAAGGCAUAUCUUUGGAACACUUCCUUUUCUCAUGUAUAAACUGAUACAUUAGCUGCAUUUUGCAAAUUGUCAACACCCCCCCCCCCGAAAAUGUGUCCGUAUAUAUAUAUAAAUCUAUAUAUUUCUGUACCUGCAGUGUAGUAAAACAUUUAGGAAAGAGCCCGUACUUACAGUGGCAUACUGUCACUUGGGUGAAAGCAGCAAAAUAAACAGUGCAGCUCAGAAAUGAC